AAUGUAGAAAAAGAAACUGGUUCCAGGUUCAAUAUUAGAACCCUUUGACCUUGAACUGAAACAUUUUUCAUGAUCGUUUUUAAAUCAAUAAACACGAGGUUAAGGAUGCACAAUGUUAAAAAAAGGUCCAAUUCUAUCUAAAAAACCUUUACGUCGACAAUUUGCCACAACAACUAGAUUCGCUGAUUCAAGAAUGACACAAAAAUUCACAGACGAAAAGCUUCAUUUUAAUUAUGAAGAAACUGUUAUCAAAUUGAACAAUUAUUAUGGAACAGUCAAACGACAAAUUCUCAGACAUCAGAGUCCAACAACAGGAUUAUUUCCAUGUAACUUAGCCGAUGCUAGUUCAAAAGAGGCUCAUGUUAGAGACAGCGUUUAUUGUGCAGCAUGCCUGUGGGCAUUAUCUCAAGCUUAUAGGAGAAUUGAUGACGAUAAGGGGAGAACAUAUGAACUAAGUCAAUCAGCUGUAAAAUGUAUGAGAGGAAUCCUCUCUUGUUGGAUACGACAAUCUGAUAAACUAGAAAAGUUCAAACAUCAUCAAAUUCCGAAAAAUGCACUGCAUUCAAAAUUUCAUUUAGAUACUGGAGAUUCACUAUAUGACAACGAAGAAUACGAGCACCUGCAGAUUGAUUGUAUAGCUUUAUACAUACUUUUUCUCAUUCAAAUGAUUCAAUCCGGAUUACAAAUAAUUUUUACAACGGACGAAGUAAAUUUUAUUCAAAAUCUAGUAUUUUACGUUGAACGAGCGUAUAGAACACCCGACUAUGGAAUGUGGGAAAGAGGAACGAAAUAUAAUAAUGGAUCGAGUGAACUGCACGCAAGUUCGCUUGGUUUUGCAAAAGCAGCUCUUGAAGCUAUAAAUGGAAUAAGUUUGUAUGGAGGCGUUGCCCUGAGUUCGAUUGGACAUGCUAAAGCUGCUCUUGAAUCGAUUAACGGUGAUAAUUUGUUUGGAGUAAAUGGAGCUAGGUGGUCGAAUACCGAUGCGUCACUUUUACCAACAAUAAGCUGGCCUGCUUUUGCCAUACACGAGGAAGCUUUAGUUAAGAAAACUCACGAAAAGAUAUUAAGAAAGUUAAAAGGAAAAUAUGGAUUAAAAAGAUUCUUAAGAGAUGGACACGGUACUGUUUUGGAAGACACUAGUAGAAAAUAUUAUAAAUCUGCGGAAAUUAAGACUUUUGAUGGAGUUGAAUGCGAAUGGCCAAUUUUCAUUAUUUAUCUUUUAAUUGAUAGUAUUUUUAGAGGUGAUCAAGAAAAAGUUAAAGAAUAUCAAGAACAACUACAACCGUUAUUAAAAGAGACAAAGAAUGGAGAUAUAGUGGUUCCAAAGUAUUAUUAUAUACCUAGCGAUUGUAUUGAUGAAGAAAAGGCUUGCCCCGGAAGUCAGACAAAAAUUGCCAGUAGUGAAGGAAGAAAUGAAAAUUUAUUCCUUUGGGGACAAUCUGUAUACAUUAUAUCACAGCUACUAGCAAACGGCUUACUGAGUCCGCGAGAAUUAGAUCUUAUUGGACGGCAUUUACCAGCUCAUAAGAGACCUAGAACAAACGCCAGAUAUUCUUCUUUCCAGAGUUCACCGACUGAUCUCGUUAUACAAUGUGCUUUGAUUUCCGAGAGUGUACGACUCCAGCAGAUGUUAGCCACUUACGGAAUUCAAUCUCAAACACCGCAUCAAAUUGAACCUUAUCAAAUUUGGCCUCCUGGUCAAUUGGUGAAAGCUUACGAGCAAUUGGGAGUUAAUUCAAAAUUAGGUUUAUCUGGAAGACCACCUAGGCCAUUUGGAGGUUUAGGUAGUGCUAAAAUCUAUAGAGCGAGUGGAAGAACUUUCCUCUGUUAUCCUUUGAUCUUUGAAAUAUCUGACUUUUACCUAUCUCAAGAUAUGCAGGUUCUUAUUGAUGACGUAAAGACUGACCUAACUUUCUUAAGUAAAUGUUGGAAGUUAGCUGGUAGGCCUACUUUCUGUAUGAUUAUUCGUGAGGAUAAUAUGAAAAGCCCAGAUUCUAAAAGAAUAUUCGAUUUAUUGGCAAACUUCAAAAGAGGAGAUAUUGAUAAUUUAAAAAUUAGAAUAGGAAGACUACAAGAAUUUAUAUCCUCAUCUUGUAUUGAACAUCUUGACUUCUUGACUAUUGAUGCCAAUGAUAAAAGCGUGUUUAAACAUUUUCAAGAAAAAGACUAUGGACAAAGUCUCAAGAGUCUUACAAAUAUACCAAGAUUUUCUAAAUUUGAUGAGGCUGAAGCCUGGGUUGAAGAAAGUGAAUUACAAUCACGCCCUUCGUGGGACUUAAUGAAAAUGCUCCAAGAACUCGAUAAUCUAUUUGUUCAAUCUCAAAUCCUUCAUAUUCUUCUAAAAAGAGAAGGCUUAUAUUAUAAACUUGAUUCGUUUACCGUUGAAGAAUGGUUACAAAAUGUUUGUCACAAAGCUGGAACACAUCAAAUCUGGGCAGUUGUUAGAUUAUGUUCAGCGAUGCUUCAAAAAAUGGUGGAUAGUUUAGCUCCUUCAAUAACAGCAAUAUUGGUAAGAGGCAAGCAAAUAACUGUCGGAUUAUUUAAUAAAGAAGAGGAGGUGAUAGAUAAACCAUUAAUACCUGCAGAGAUAAAAAAUAUUCUCUAUUCAAAGUGCUAUCCCUAUGAUUUAACGCAAACAGUUCUACAGCAAGAGUUAAUAAUAUAUAUUGCUCAGUUACUAUCCUCCGAGGCGGUUCUAUUUGAAGGAAUGCUUAAGUUAAGGAUUGGUUGGAUAAUAAAGGCUAUGCAGCUGGAAUUAAAUUAUUCGUCGGCAGAGGGAAAAAGGAUAUCUGUGAAUUCUCUGCCCCCUAGCGAAAUAAAAUCUUUAUUAUAUGGUGUUGUUAAAAAAUUGUCGCCCGAAGACGAUUAUCGUAGUGUAAUAUGGAAUAGACAAUUGGACGGAGCUUUGAAUCGCGUGCCAAAAGAUUUUUAUGACAAAGUUUGGUUUCUACUGGAAAAAACACCUGGGGGAAUAAAGGUUGCUGGAUAUCACUUACCCCAACAGCCUACGUUAUCGGAUAUGACGAGAUAUGAAUGGAAUUUUUCAUUACUUGUAGAGCAGAUGUUAAGUAAAAUAGUUGAACCAGCGUAUAGGCAAAUGAUAGUGGAAGAAUUUAUGAUUGUAGCGACAAUUCUACAGAGAAAUAGUGAAUUAUCAUUUCAAGAGAUUGUUAACCUUGAUAGAAUACUUCAAGAAGCAAUACUGUUAUUUGCCAAAGAGAAAGGAGCGGAGAAUAAAGAAGAAAUGGAAAAUAUGAAAGAUUUUUACAAUACCCCACCUAACGUGAAAAGAGGAACAACAGGCUACAUUGCCAGAGCCGUUAUUUCUCAAUUACUAAAUGGAGAAGUUUUAACAUCUCAAUCCCAAUGUGCCAUUUCUUAA